GCCCCGCCCCCUUCCCUUCGCGCGGGGCAUGCCGGGAGGAUGGAGCUGCUGCCGGCGGAGCCGUGGCGGGCGCGUGCGGGGCGCCUCUGGGAGUCUCUGGGGCCGCCGCGGAGGGAGGAGCUGAGCCGCGCACGGUCGCCCCGGGAGACGCUCCGCCUGGCCACGCCCCUCCUCCGGACCCCCGAGGAGGAGGAGGAGGAGGAGGAGGAGGAGGAGGGGGGCUGCCUGCGCCGCCUGGCCCGCCGCCUCUCGGUGCGGAAGGAGCCCCGGCUGGCCGAGCCCUGCAGGCAGGAGGGCAACCGGCGGUUCCGGGCAGGGGAGCACCGGGCGGCCGCCGCCCUCUACUCCAGGGCCUUGUGCCACGCGGAUGCUGGCAGCCCAGAAAUGGCCGUCUGUUACGCCAACCGCUCUGCGGCCCUUUUCCACCUGGGUCAGUUUGAGGUCUGCCUGGAGGACAUCGGACGGGCGCAGCAGGCGGGGAGCUGCCCAGAGAAGCUGCUGCCCAAGAUCCGGCUGCGCAGGGCCGAGUGCCUGCUGUCUCUGGGCCGGCUGCAGGAAGCGGCAGGCGCCCUCCACAGCCUCCAGGAGAGCCUCUCCGCAGACCAGAGGCCGGAGGCUGCCCGUCAUCGGGCCCUGCUGGGCCGGCUGGACCAGCUGCGGGGCGGAGCCGGGGAGGGGAGCGGGGCCUCCCUUCGCCCGGCUGCUGGGCCUGGCCAGGCUCCACCGGACCCGGAGCCGUGGGAGGAGAGCGGCCGUGUCUCUGGCACCUCGGUGGCCGUGAGCCUGGGCUUUUCCAGCUGCAAAGGGCGCCACUUGGUUGCUGCCGAGUACCUUCCUCCUGGGAAGCUGCUAGUGAGGGAAGCGGCCUUCGCCAGCGUCCUCUGUCCUGGGCAGAGCCUCCUGCUGCAGGGGACCGUCCAGGCGCUGCAGGACGGCCGGCUGGCCAACCCCGACCUCCACUGCCACCACUGCCUGCGCCCGCUGCUGGCCUCUGUGCCCUGCCGAGGGUGCAGCUACAGCAGGUACUGCGGCCCUGCCUGUGCCCAGCUGGCGUGGAGUGGCUACCACUGGGCGGAAUGUGCCCUCGGGGGGCUGCUGCUGGCACUGGGCGUCUUCUGCCAUGUGGCCUUCCGGACCGUGCUGGUGGCCGGCUUCGCCCAAGUGAAGGCCUUGGUCACCCAGUCUCAGCAGGGGGGGGCCCCAGCCGCGGCAGAGAAGGACGCCCGGCCCAUCCCUGGCUGUGAGGCCGAUGGACGGUACAGCGGCUCCUACCGGGCCAUCUUCAGCCUUCUGCCGCACACGGAGCGCCACAGCCCCGGCCUCAGGUUCCUCUGCGGGCUGAGCGUGGCAGCCUUGUGUGAGGCGCUGGAGGACGCCGGCCUGGAGGCCUGGAUUGCGGUGGGGGCCACGAAGGAAGAGCCGGGGGCUGCGGAGGAGGGGGAGGAGGGGAGCCCCCCCACCGCGCUGGAGGUCUUGGGGGAGGCGAUGCUGCGUCACGUCCUGCAGCUGCAGUGCAACGGCCAGGCUGUGACCACUCUGCGCCCGUCAGGGCCCGAAGACGGGCUGGUGGCCGGCAGUGGGCAGGUGCGCUUGGCCACGGGCUUCUUCCCCGCCCUCAGCCUGCUGAACCACUCCUGCGACCCCAACACCAGCGUGUCCUUCGCCGGCUGCACAGCGGAGGUCAGGGCCCUGCGCCCCAUCCCUCGCGGGCAGGAGCUGCUCCACUGCUACGGGCCCCACAGGUGCCGGAUGGGGGCUGCCGAGAGGCGCAGGUGGCUCCUGGCUCAGUACUUCUUUGAGUGCCGCUGUCAGGCCUGCCUGGAGGAGCUGCAGCCCAGCGAGGCCCCCGAGGCUGCCCUCUUCCUCUGCCCGGCCUGCCAGAGGCCCAUGCAGGGGAGAGGCACCCUCCGCUGCUCAGGUGAGACCUGCGACCGCCUGGUCCCCGAGGAGGACUUCCACCGCCGGCUGCUCCGCCUUCAGCGCCUGACCCAGUCGGCCGAGGAGCUCCUGGAGCACGGCCAGCCGGGUCAGGCCCUGCAGCUGCUGCAGAAAUGCCGGCUGGAUGCCGAGAGCUUCCUGUCUCCAGCGCACCUGAGGAGGGGCGAGAUCGAGGACCGCCUGGCCCAGGUGCACGCGGCAGCAGGCAGGUGGCAGGAGGCGGCCGGGCACCUGCGCAGGAGCAUCCGGGCCGUGGAGGCCCAUUUCGGCAGUGCCAGCAUGGAAGCUGGCCAGGAAGUCUUCAAACUGGCCCAGGUCCUCUUCAAUGGGCGCUUGGCCUCCGAAGCCCUGCAGGCCGUCCGGAGGGCCGAGGCAAUUUUAUGGGUGCACCUGGGCACAGAGAGCGAUCAGCUGCAGGAGCUGCGAGAGAUGAGGACCUGCCUGGAGGGGCUGCUCCCAGCCGCCCCCGCAGCAGCAGCAGCAGCAGCAGCCCAGCUGCCGGGAGAGGAUGCCCCGGUGGGCCUUGGAAACCCCCCUCCGGCCGCCCUCUAAGGGGCAAAGCAAGAAGCCACCAGACCGUGUGCAGAGGGGGGCCGCCUUGGUCUCGGGCUGGCUGACGGACCCGGGAGGGACCAAGAUCUUCUGCGGAUCCAUCGGCCUCACCACCCACGAAGCCUUGCCAGGAUGCCUGGAUCUCUGCCAGACUCAGGGCACCACUGCUGCUGCGGUUGUUGACUCGGCUGAGGGGGCCUUGACGGGUGACGGGAAGAGCCUUUCCGUUCUUCUCCCCCCCAACCCCCCCAUCCCCCCCCCCCAUCGUUUCUCCCCCAUCGGCCGGAGGUUGAAGAAGCCGCUUGGGAGGCUCUUGAGGCAGAAGCUCCUUUAUUGGACCAUGGAAGCAAAACCAGCUGCGGGACACAGUCAAGGACACCCCCUGCCCUUUGCUCCUGCGCCUGGGGGGCCCCAGGAGCGCUCUAGGCCUGCUGAGGGUCGAGGAUCUUCCCGAUGAAGAGGAGGGUGCCGGUGUCGUUGU